AUGACGUCGACAUCAACUCCUCCAACGUCCCCAAAACCUGUUGCUCCAUUGGUUGAACCUCCAACAUUACCAAAAUUGAGGCACAUUGCCCCCGCUCCUCGUGAUAAACCCGAAUAUGAUAUUUAUCAUAUUCCAAAAGGUUAUGAAGUAGUUUUGGUUCCAAAAUCUUCUAAUGGUACCACUCCUGAUUUCUCUACCGGUCCUUCUCCUACUUCUCCUACUUCCACUGUUAUACCUCUUUCCCCUGCUGCUUCUGUGUCUAGUAUUCAUGGUUCACCUUCAAAAUUUACUUCUCCUUCUACUACAUCUGUUAAAUCACCUCCAAAUA